AUGAGCGACUUGUCGUCCGUCGGCGGUGCACUGGUCGCUGCAGGCGCUUGUAUACUGCUGCUCUUUGGGGCGAUCGUGAUGUGCGCGAGCUGCUGCCAGAAACUGGAAGACGACGACGACGACGACGACAACGUGGCGAUCGAUUUCGUGGAUCUGCGGAAUCUGCAGCUGCGCGAGGACCUCGUGGACACGGUACUGGACGCUGAACACAGCGAGUGGCAGUGUCUGGUGUGCGCGCACAUGAACCACCCGAAUCACGAGCUGUGUCUGCUGUGUGGCACGUCGGCCGAGCUCUCGACGAUGGAGGAGACGGUGGAAGAUCCGCUCACGCGCACGAGGACGCGACGCUUGGCUCGGAGCACAUUCUUGGGGACCGACAGCGGUAAAUUGCUGAGUUCCACGCUGCUGGAGAAUUUAGUGACCAGUACAGACGUCCAUUUCGUGGCCACGGGGCAAGCUGGAGAGACGAAGACGGCAGCUGCCCUGCAGAAAAAAGCAAAGACCAUGUCUACUACUUGCAGCGAGUCGUCGUUUGAUGACGUUAUUCAGGAGUUGGAAGCUACUACAGGCAUGAGACAGCGCGCACUGCGGUACAGGAGACUGAACGAGAUGCAAUUGAACCAGAAGCAGCGAGGAGCAAGUCGAAGGAGAUUGUGGCAGCGAGUACGAAUGCCAAAUGGAGGCUUCGUGUGGGUUCGGACAGUUGAACCUGUAUGUCUCCAGGCGGUCUCUGCUAGUCCGGACUCUUUUGUGCAGAAACUACGGAACAGUUCGUUUUUGUCCAAGAACCCACUGGCGAAACACUUGCAUGGAGAUUUGGCGGAACAGUUACGCCGAAAAAAUGCAGCAUCGAUGGGUUUUUUUACGGAGCUGAAUUCUUCAGGUACUGCGGUGGCGUAUCGGAAGACGGACUCGAUCACGUUGGAUGUAGAUCCGAAAAGCGAUGACGGGGAGCUGUUGGUGGAUUUGGAAGGUGCACUGGCGAUGACUUGGAGGGAGAAGAAACGGUGGUUCCUCAAGCAGAUUACAAAUCUUGCCGUACCGUACACCAAAUCCAUGUUCAAAAUAGACGUACGGCGAUGCGCUAUCUUGGACGACGCGUUGCCGCAGCUGGCUGGAGCUGGAGUCGACAUUUCGAGAAUGCAGGAGCACCUGAAUAUCGGUUUUAUUGGCGAGCCAGCUUUAGAUGCUGGUGGUGUGCUACGCGAGUGGUUUGGACUUGUGUGUAAGGAACUUUUUGGUGCCGAACGAGGCCUCUUUGUUACGACGCAUGCAGAAGACUGUAGUUACUGGAUUAACCCUGAGUCGGCCAAGUGCGUGCCCGAAGGGCAAGACCACUUGUUGUAUUUCAAAUUCGCUGGUCGACUGUUGGGCAAGGCUGUUCUGGAUGGUCUUAUUCUUGAAGUGGGCAUAUCAUUGCCGUUGCUGAAACAUCUACUGGGUGUUCCCAUCACAUUUUCAGACCUGGAAUUUCUAGACGAAGAGCUGUACAAGCACUUGAGCUGGGUACGCGACAAUGAUCAUGUGGAUGCUUUAUGUGUGACGUUUAGCAUUCAGACGCCUUCAGGCGAGACUGUAGAGCUGAAACCCGGUGGAAGUAAUAUUGAUGUGACCGACGAGAACAAGAUCGAUUACUUAUCACUAGUGCUGCGCUACCGCAUGUUGGACAGCGUGGCUGGGCAGCUCACAGCGUUGCUCAAGGGGUUAUACGAGGUCAUUCCGAAGUCCCUUCUUACUAUUUUCGACUACCAGGAGCUGGACUUCUACCUCAGUGGAUUGCCCACGUUGAACGUGACCGAUUGGCAAAAUAACGCGCACAUUCGACAUGCAGCCGAGGACAGUGAUUCGGAAGGAAUCGAGCAAGAGCUGGAGGUGGUUCAGUGGUUUUGGGACGUCUUGGGAUCUUUCACCGACGAACAGCGUGCUCGUCUUUUGCAGUUCACUACAGGCUGUUCACGUGUACCUGUAGAGGGCUUUAGAGCACUCACGAGCGCCAGUGGUAUCGUAUAUCCAUUUACGCUACAGAUGGUUCCCCUAGGAACACCACCGCUUGGGAUGUGCCCACGUGCACACACUUGUUUUAACCGCAUCGAUUUGCCGGUGUAUGAGAGUAAAGAAGACCUUCGAUCGUAUCUAUCGCUGGUGAUUCAAAUGGAGAUCACGGGCUUCGGGUUCGAGUAA